AAUAGUCAUUAUAUCCCUUUCCUUUCUCACUCAGUCUUUUACCUUUCCUUUGUCUCUCUCAUUUCAGCCCACUGUGUGUGCUGGUCCUCUCUCUCCCCUUUCUCUCUCUACAGGUGAAAAACAGUGGAAUUUAACCAUGUACGACCCUUAUAGACAUAGAUCCACAAAGGGUCGAACAAACCUAGCUUCAUGUAUAGUAGCGACGGUUUUCUUGCUCAUCGUAGUCGCCGCUAUUGUUAUCGUCUUCUUCUUCUUCUUCAAACCCAAGGAACCAAACAUAACCGUCGAAGCUGUACGAUUCCCGACCUUCUCCGUCGCCAACGGCACCGUCAACUUCACCUUCUUCCAGAACGUCACCGUCAGAAACCCUAACCGCGACGCCUUCACGCAUUACGACAGCUCGCUCCAGCUCGUCUACUCAGGGAGCGAAGUCGGGUUCGCCUUCAUCCCCUCCGGCAAGAUCGACGCCGGACACACACAGCGAAUGUCGGCCAAGUUCGCCGUCGAGUCGUUCCCGUUGAAGUCUGCGGUGUCCGGCGUAACGACGUCGGCGAUCGGCGACGGUGGGGUGGGGAUGGGUGUUGUGGGACCGACGAUGGAGAUAGAGUCGAGGAUGGAAUUGGUGGGUAGGGUUAGGGUUUUGAAGGUUUUCACGCACAGGGUGGAGACGAGGAUGAGAUGCAGUGUGGCGAUUGAAGUGAGUGAUGGGUCUGUGUUGGGAUUCCAUUGCUGAGAAUUAUGUGUGCUGAAUUGUAAUUAUAAUUGAAAAUAUAUAUAUAUUCGGUUCUGAGAUUGGAUCGGUAUGAACUGUGGAUUGGAUCGAGAAAGUGCAUAGAACUGUUGCGCUGUUACUGUACUUCGUUGUGUUUUGUUAAAAA